AUGUUUGAUCAGUUGGUUAUUUUCACCCCGACCGGUGAGGUUUUGUAUGAGUAUAAUCCUUUGAAUAAGAAGGCCAUGUUGAAUCAGGUGAAUGCUUUUAUUUCACAUUUGGUUAAUAUGCCAGUGUCAAAGAAGGAUGAUAUUAAUAGUAAACUGACCAUUAUUAAUGUCACCCAGGAGAAAUCGACUCGUAGUUUUUCUGCUAUGUUUCACAUUUCGAAACAACCUGAGUUGUAUUUUGUAAUAACUUACGCUGAACAAUCGUUAGAACUUAAUAAUGAAGCAGAAUCUACUUUGAAUUUGGUGCUAGCGUUAUGGGACUCGUUGGACUUGAAUCAAAGCAUAUUGGAGAACAUGAAGGGAAAGUCAGGGAAAAAUGAACAUAAUUAUUGUGAAGUUUUGCAGGAUUUAAAUGAAACAAUAAAGACAUUUGAUAAAUAUUUUAUUGCUAAAUAUGAAGAUUCAAUUAAAAAAAUUGGAACUUCAACAACUUCAAAUAAAAACGUAAAGGAAAAAUCAAAUGUUAAAGGCAAUAAUUCAAAGGAUUCUAUAAGUAAACAAAAUAAAAAUCAAAGCAAUACUAAGUCUGGUGGGAGAAAAUGGGGGAGAGAUGGUAACAUGGUAGAAGAAUUUCAUGGUGAUACUUCAACUUUGGAUUUUUCAGAAGACUCUAAAAAUGGUACUCCUACUUCCAAUUUGGUUUUAGACCCAACUUUUGAUAAAGAUUCUUUUGGUGAGAGAACAAAUAAAGGUGAAUUUUUAAUCAAAGAAAUUGACGAUCUCCUAUCUUCAAACCAAAAGGAACAAAACAUUUCUGAUGCAAAGACUAACUCUACUUUAAAUUCUGCAUUCGGGUUUUUGCAAAAGCAUUUGUUAGGUAACAAGACAAUUACUGAUGAUGAUUUAAAAUCAGCAUUGACUAAAUUAAAAGAUCAGUUAAUUACUAAAAAUGUUGCCCCUGAGGCAGCAGAUUUCUUAACCCAACAGGUUUCUCGUGAUUUAGUAGGUUCCAAAACCGCAAAUUGGACUAGUGUCGAAAAUGCUGCCCAUGAAUCAUUAACAAAAGCUAUUACACAGAUAUUGACUCCAGGUGUUUCUGUCGAUUUAUUACACCAAAUCCAAAAGAAGACCAGUCAACCAGGCCCUGACGGAAAGAAGGUACCAUACGUAUUCUCUGUCGUUGGUGUAAAUGGUGUUGGUAAGUCUACCAACUUAUCUAAACUUGCCUUUUGGUUAUUACAAAAUAACUUAAAGGUACUAAUUGUAGCGUGUGAUACUUUCAGAUCUGGUGCUGUUGAACAAUUAAGAGUCCAUGUAGAAAAUUUAGCUCAAUUAACUGAUGAAUCUCACGUCCGUGGUUCAAAAAAUAAAAGAGGUAAAAGUGGUAACGAUUACGUUGAAUUAUUUGAAGCUGGCUAUGGUGGUUCAGACUUGGUUACUAAGAUUGCUAAACAAGCUAUAAAAUAUGCAAGUGAUAACGAUUUCGAUAUUGUUUUAAUGGAUACCGCUGGUAGAAGACAUAACGAUGCUACAUUAAUGUCGCCAUUAAAGUCUUUUGCAGAACAAGCGAAACCAGAUAAGAUAAUUAUGGUUGGUGAAGCAUUAGUUGGUACAGAUUCAGUUCAACAAGCCAAAAAUUUUAAUAAUGCAUUCGGUAAAAAUAGAAACUUAGACUUUUUUAUUGUCUCCAAAUGUGACACGGUAGGAGGAAUGUUAGGUACCAUGGUUAAUAUGGUAUACGCUACUGGUAUUCCUAUCCUGUUUGUGGGUGUAGGUCAAACAUAUACUGAUCUAAGAACCUUAAGUGUAAAAUGGGCCGUUGAUACAUUAAUGUCCUAA